AGGACUCCGUCUCUCUCUCUCUCUCUGCAGUUUAGUUUUGUCUCCAAUGGAUGGAAUGGAAGGCAUAGAAGACUUUUUUGUGUACAACAAUUUGAUCGACGAAACCCAAUUCCCUCAUUACCUGUGGUCCAAUCCCAAUCCCAAUCCCAAUCCCACUCCUUCAUUCUCUGAAAUCGAAUUCUCUGCUAAUAGUUAUAGUUGUGUUGCUGCUCCAUCAUCACACACCCAGGAAAAAGAGGUUUCUCGUAAAAGGGGACGGACAGAGUCUUGGUGUGGCUCAGGGGCCAAAGCUUGCCGUGAGAAACUGAGGAGGGAGAGAUUGAAUGACAAGUUUUUGGAUUUGAGUGCUGUCUUGGAACCUGGGAGGCCAGCCAAGAGUGACAAACCUGCUAUACUUGAUGAUGCCAUCAGGGUCUUGACCCAACUGAGAGCUGAGGCUCAGGAGCUCACACUGACAAACGAGAAGUUGCUUGAAGAGAUAAAGAGUUUAAAGGCAGAAAAGAGUGAACUUCGUGAAGAGAAAGUUGUACUAAAAGCGGAUAAAGAAAAGUUGGAGCAGCAGUUGAAAGCUAUGUCCAUUCCAGCUUCUGGAUUUAUGCCAGCGCACCAAGCAGUCCCUGCUGCAUACCACCCUGGGGCAGCCAAGAUGGCAGUAUAUCCAAGCUAUGGUAUGGUCCCAAUGUGGCACUAUUUACCUCCAUCGACCCGUGAUACAUCACGUGAUCAUGAGCUUAGGCCCCCUGCUGCUUAAAUAUACAGAUCUUAUUUGGACAUCUAUAGAUGUUUGAUUUACAAUUUGCUGAAAGUUUUAUCGCUUGUUGACAAUUGUACAUGUCACUGAUUUUUCAUUUUUCCUGAUUUCAUUUGCCUGAUGGCAAAUGUGUUUUAGAAUUUUGGUGUAGCAAGAAGGUGUUUCUUGAGAAUAAAAUAUGGAUGUCCUGUCUUGACUGUGUACAUCUUUACCCUACCAUUUACAGUGGUCUCAGUUCCUAACAUAAUGAGGCACCUUCAUUUCAGAUAUUUAAAAACAAGAUAAGGUCUUUGAUAUAAAAUGCAAGAAUGUUUAGAGUGAUUUUCUUUC